CGCAAUUCGCGUGUAUUACCUAGUGUUAUAAAUAUAAGGCGUGAUAUAAUUAUUUGUUAUAACCUAAUUCCCGACCUAUGACUUCAUGCUUCUGGGAGGAUUCUCUCUGUGGUCACGCCGAAAAAAAACCCACACUAAGGCAGCCUGGAGCCUAUCCCAGGAGACUCUGGGCUCAAGGCGGAAGUCCAGAGACGGACCCUGGAAGGAGCCAACCCAUCACAGGACACAAUUGCACACACAUUCACACACUCAUUCACACACCCAUUCACACACUACGGACAAUUUAGAGAUGAUUUACCUGGAGAAUACCCGCGAAGCACGGGGAGAACAUGCAAACUCCUACUAACCCAUCCAUUUACCAAUUAAUUUCCUUCAUCAGAAAUUGUUUUUGAGUCUAUGAUGUUAAUUGGUGAUUAACACUGUAGCAGUUGGGGGUGUGGUUUAGUGGAAGUCUGUAGUGGGAGGGUGUGAUUGAACUCCUCAGUGCUGUGUAGGUCUUUUCAGCAGCUAUAUGUGUAUGAUAUUAUAUACAACAAAUAUAUUUGUUCAGCACAGAAUGUCCCUACUUUGUGCUUGGCCAGUGAUGAGGCUUAUGGGUUUUGAAGUACCCUGGACUACAGUGACUUCUAGCACCUACUGCAAAAUCACAUACAUUAUUUAAAGACUAGUUUUCUUUUUUCUAAUAACUUUUUCAACAUUAAGACAAACAGAAUGGACUAUUUAAGACAUUCCUUCUCUUUCUUCAAUGAUAAAAAAAGUAUGUAUGUGUGUGUCUGGUCAGAGAAAUGCAUUUUUUUCUUGGAAGAAUGAUGGAAGCUGGUGAGCGUCAUGAGUUCAAGGGGCUUGGGGUUGGGCGUGGGGAUUAGCCGGUGCUCAUGACCAGGAUCUCAGUGAGCUCAGCCCUUAAAAUGGACGAACACAUCAGACGGAGCUAUGGCACUGAAAUGUUGGACAGCAGGCUACUCUUUGGAGAAACAUCUGCCUGGAAUCGAAUAGUCAACCUUACUGUCGGUGGCUUUACAUCUCUUUUAGUGAUUGUAACCAUCAUCAGUUCAUUUGUCUUUCCUACACCUGCUCCAAAUGCUCUAAACGUCUUCUUUGGGAUCUGCAUCAUCAUGAUCUGCUCCUCAGUGUUGGUUCUGAUAUAUUGGUAUCGCCAAGGCGACCUGGAGCCCAAAUUCAGACACCUCAUCUAUUACACCUUAGCCUCGAUCGUCCUGCUUUGUUUAUGUGCAAACCUUUACUUCCAUGAUGUUGGGAGAUAAGCGUUCUUUACACACACUUAUCAUAUGUUGCAUCCUAAAACAUGAGAGCUAUCCAAUGAUUUGUCAUGUAUAUGAGUAGAGAGAAAGUCAGACAUUAUAUAAUAGAGAGAAGUGAGAGCUUUGUCUUUGAUGUUUUUAAGUAAUUAUGCUAUAGCUGAAAUAAAUGUAUUUAUGUAUAGGGGACAAAACGUAUGUGCAGACAGUUCAUUGUGGUUACAUUAAAUAUAUACAGACAUGACAAAUUAAAGGAAAAACCUGAGUAAAUGAGUGGAGAAACAAAAUGAACACAGAUGUUUCCAGAUAGAUGUAAUACAUGAUACAAUUAAGCAAUUAACAUGCUGGCAUGCUCUGUGGAAUGUAUGAAAAUGCUGAGCAGGCCCACCUGACCAAGUUGGAUCAAGAUGGAAAGAGGGAGUGAUCUAAAUGACUUUGAAAGAGGGUUCAUUAUUCAUAAGACUAUUCAACUGGCUGUGUUUAUUCUGGAACGAAUAAUAACAAUGACUCAAGUAACAUCUGCAUUGGGAAACACAUUUGUAAAUAGGGUGCACAUGCAAUGACUGAGAUGGUUGUGCACUAGUUUGAUAUCUAAAGAAAAACAGAAAAACAACUGGUGAUAGAGAAUGUCAGUGGAGGUGAUCAGAUUGGUAAUGAGAACAGUUUGUGCGCAAUUACAUACGCAGAGAGGGAUAUCGUAGUACAGACAGAGUGUAUAAACCCCUCAUCACGACGAUUAAUGCACAUUUGACAAUUCAGUGGUGCAAAAAUAAUAAUAAAUAAUCCACAGGCAGUGGUCAAAAGAGAUGUUGAAAAAAACUGAGACAGUACAUUCAGAUGAGUCAUUCUUCACUAUAGUCUCAACACCAAGAGAGGUCUGAAUGCUUGAGUCCUACAGUAAGAGUGUUCCUAGGCCUGUUGUGAUGUACAGGGUGUGCAGGGUCACUGCAAAUCAAGAAAAGGUAUGAGGACAAAUUGGCUAUCAUCCAAAAUUCACUAACAUUUCACCCAAUUAGAGAACAAUUAAAUGCCAUACCUGUUUGUUCAUAAAAAUUCUAAAACUCUGUCAGAAUUAUAGUAAAUUGGACUAUUUCACUGUUUUACUGCCAUUUAGUCACACUCUCUCACUCUCUGUCUCCCCUGAUUGACUGCCAACUCUUGCUCCUCACAGUGCACUUGGACUUCUUUUGAGCCUAAAAUGAACUGGCUUGCAUGUGACACAACGGUGUAUGUGAAUUACUGUUACAGGAUUGCCAGAGCCACUCACAGCAGCUCAGAAACAUGAUAUUAUCCAGUACUUUUUCAUAUUUGCCACAAUUUUUUUUUCAUGUUUAACAAAACAUUUUAUGAACUGUAGCUUUAAAUUGACUUAGGAGCUUAAAGUAAAUUCCCUAUGUAAUUCUCAUUUUAUGGUGGUGUAAGCAGGUAUACAGUCCCCUCUGAAACUAUUGGAACAGCCAAUAGGCCAAUUCAUUUGUUUUUGCUGUAGACUGAAGUCCUGUUAGAUUGAUUGUUUAAACAAUAAAUAGCUCAGAACAUCU